AUGAAUUAAACUAAUCAUCUAAUUAGGAUAAAAGAGACUCUACAAAACCAUCCUCAUCAUAAUAUUGGAGAAUUUUAAGUAGAAGCAGAAGGAUCUGGAAAUUAUAAAGUCAUUUCAAAUGAAUAUGAUGCAAAUACUUUAGAAGUAUAUUUGUAAGGUAGAAUUAAUUAUUGGCUAACCAUCGAUGAAAUAUUGAAUAUAAUUAUUCAAAUUCUAGAUGCAUGUAUUCAUUUAGAACAAUUAAAUAUUACUCAUAGAAAUUUGAAUUUGAGAUCAAUCUUUAUCAAAAAAAUUCAUGAAAAUAUUAUAAUUGUGAAAGUAUUUAUUCUAUAUUAUAAAUCUAAUCAGAUUGUUGAUUUCAGUUAAGCUGUAAAUGAUUCUUUUAAACUGUCGCAAAUUGUAAAUAAGCCUCCUUACUAAGCCCCUGAAAUAGUUGAACAAAAUAAUUAUGAUAAUAAAUGUGACAUUUAUUCUGUAAUUCUUUUAUGCUAUAGGAAGUUAGGGAUAAUUUUAUACUAAUUGUGUUUUAAAGAAUUAAAUAAUGAAUAGCUUAUUUAAUUAAACUUGGGUUAUUAAUCUAACAAAUUUAGAUACAAAGAUAGAACAUUAAACAUGUUAAUGGAAAGGAUGAUUGUUCGUAAUCCAAUAUAGAGAAUUGGCUGGAAUGAAUUAAAAAAUUUAGCCUACCUCUAACCUCAAAUAUUGAUUUUACAAAAUAGAUAUUUAAUUGAUAAAAAAUAAUCUAUCGGAAAAGGAUAUUAAGGGGAAGUGUAUAAAACUUAUGAUCUUUAAAAUUUUGAACAUUUGUAUUGCACAAAAAUUAAUAAUUAAAUAGGAAGUUUUUAUAAUGAAAUAUAAAUUAUUGAUCUUCUUUAAAAUCAAAUUUAAGAUAAAAAGUGUAAAAACAUUAUAAAUUUUAUUGAAAUUUUCACAUAAAAUAAUUUCCAAUACAUUAUAAUGGAAUAUUGUUAAAUAAAUCUUGACUAAUAUUUUAAGGAAAGGAAUUUUUUAAUGACAGAAGAAGAAAUCUUAAAUCUAUUAUCUUCAGUAAUAAAUGGAUACAUUUAUUUGAAGGAUUUAGGAAUUAUACAUAGAGAUAUCAAACCAUCAAAUAUAUUAUUAAAAGAAUCGGAUGAUAAUAUUGUUUGGAAAGUUUUUAUUUAAUAUAUUCAAGCUUAUUGAUUUUGGUUGUGGGAAAGUGCUAAACUAAGACUUAACCUAAACUAGGAUAGGAACUGAAUUAUUUAAAGCCCCAGAAAUAUUUGAUAAUUAUCCAUAUGAUUAUCAAUGCGAUAUAUUUUCUGUAUGAAUUAAAUUAAAUUGUAGUUAGGUGUUUUAUUACAUUAUUUAGUAUUUGAAGGAUAAAAUUAUUGUGGUUUUUAAAAAGACGAAGUUUCAUUAAGAGAAUUUUAAUUAAAAUUAAAAUAUAAACCAUUUUAGUGUUAAAAACCAUUUAAAAAUGUAAAAUUCUGUCAUUAUACAAAGUUUUCUAAUAAUUUGCUAUAAUUGAUCGACAAAAUGUUAAUGUACAAAGCAGAAUAGAGGAUAGAUUGGUAUUCACUCUCUUAAGAAGUCAAUCUAAUCUAAAAUUAAAUUAGAAAUUAAUCUAAUAAAACGCUACAAUAAAAUAAUUUAAUUUCAUAAAUAGAUUCAAAUGAGUAAACGGAAUCAAAAAAUUAGGAGAUAGGUAUUAGAAAUUAUGAUUCUGAAGCGGAAAUUUUGUUUGAAAAAGGUAAGUGUAGUCAAUAUUUUAGGUCAAAAUUUAUAUUGGUAGAGAAAUUUUUAGGAAGCCAUCAUAUGUUUAGACUAAUCCUUCAAUUUAAAAAAGAAUAAUACGCAUAUUCAUUUUUUUAAAGGUUAUACCAUUUUAAAAUCAAUAGCUGAUAGUUUACGAAUGUAAGGCUUUUAUAAUGAAGCAAUUGCACAUUUAGAGAGCGUAUUAUUAACAGAUUCAAAGGAUGUUAAUUCAUUAUGGUGUAAAGGUAUAUCAUUCAAAUAUGUUUAGCUGACUGCCUAAAAAUGAUCAAUAAAUUUGAAGAUUCUAUCUUUUGGGCAGAUAAAGUAUUAUCAAUAGAUCCCAAUCAUAUAAAUUCUUUGUUUUGUAAAGGUAUUAUUAUUUAUAUCAUAGGAGAUUGCUUAAAAAGAUUAUGUUUAUUUGAUGAUGCUUUGAUGUAUGUGAAUAAAGCAUUAUUAAUUAAUUCUGAACACUUAAAUUCAAUGUGGUGUAAGGGUAGUUUGAUUGUGAUUAAUUAGCUGAAAUCUUAAAAUUGAGUCAUAAGUAUGAAGAAGCAAUUUUUUGGGUGAAUAAAGCAUUAUCAUAUGAUAAUUCAAAUGUCAAUUCCUUAUAGUGUAAAGGUGAUUAUUUCAAAUUAUAAAAGCUGAAAUCAUAUACAGAUUAGGUAGAUUUAGGGAGGCUAUUAUUUGGGCUGAACAAGCUUUAAGCGUUGAUUCACAUCAUGUAAAUUCAUUGUGGUGUAAAGGUAUUUUACUUAAAAAAUGAUUAGCUGAGUGUUUAAGAAUGUUAAAUUAGUAUUAAGAAGCAAUUUUUUGGUCAGAUAAAGCAUUAUCUAUUGAUCAAAAUCAUCUAAGUUCAUUAAGAUGUAAAGGUAAAAUAAUUUUAAUAAAUAGCUGAAAGUUUAAAAAUGUUAAGUAGAUAUGAAGAAGCCAUUGUUUGGAUAGAUAAAGCACUUUCCAUUAAUCCAAAUUAUAUAAAUUCUUUAUUUUGUAAAGGUAAUCAUAUACUUAAAGAAUUUAGCUGAUAGCUUAAGAAUGUUAAAUUAAUACCGAGAAGCCAUUCAAUUUUCAGAUAUUAUCCUAUCAAUAAAUCCCAAUCACAUUAAUGCUUUGUUUUGUAAAGGUAACUUAAAAUGAAUUAAGUUAGCUGAUAGUUUAAGAAUGUUAAAUUAAUAUACUGAUGCUAUUAUUUGGGUUGACAAAAUAUUAUAAAUAGAUUCAUAGCAUAUAAUUUCCUUAUUUUGUAAAGGUAACAAAUAUAAUUUGAAUUAAAAGGAGAAUCAUUGCGCAUGUUAAAAUAUUAAGAUGAAGCCAUUUUUCAUUUUAAUUAGAUUCUCUAAAUUGACUCUAAUCAUAUAUAAUCACUUGCAUCAAUUGGUCAUUUAAUUUAUAAUUUAUUAGGAACAUACCUAUAAGAUUAAAUGAAUUUACAAGGAGCAUUAGAAUUCUAUAAUAAGAUCAUUUUAAUCGAUCCAAAAAAUUAAUGGGCGUAAAAAAAAUUGAGUAUUAACUUAUAAUAUGAAUAGAAUAAUUCAAAUAAAGUUUGUAAAAUUAAUGA